GCUGGCGGCCACAUGGGCAGUCAUAUCGUCUCUCAGCUGCUCCAAACCGGAGAGCAUACCAUCACCGCUAUCACCCGUCCCGACAGCACCGCCUCGAUUGUAGAUGGAAUCCGCACUGUCCGGGUGGAUUAUGUCAACGACGAUGAUGCAGCCUUGGUAGCCGCCCUCGUAGGGCAACAGGCUCUUCUUAUCACCAUGUCGGUCACUGCGCCCCGCGACACCGUGCUCAAACUCAUCCGCGCCGCGGCUAAAGCAAAGGUCCAAUUUAUCCUACCCAACUGGUACGGCCACGAUCCUGCCAACGAGCAGAUGUGCAAAGAUAGUCUGCUUGCUCAAAGCCUCGACGCGACAUGCAACAAGGUCAAAGAACUGGGCGUGAGCUCGUACUUCCUGCUAGCCUCCGGAUUCUGGUACGAGUGGAGUUUGUCUGGCGGACCAGAUCGCUACGGCUUUGACUUCAAGCAGCAUUCGUUGGUAUUCUUCGACGGCGGUGAGACACCCAUGAACACCACGACAUGGCCUCAAAGCGGCAGGGCGAUCGCGAAGCUACUGAGCUUGAAGAUAAAGCCAGACGGAGCGGACGACCAAUCUCCUACGCUUUCGCAGUUUCAAAAUAGUCCGGUGUAUAUCUCGAGCUUCCGAGUUACUCAGCGCGAGAUUUUUGAAAGCGUCAAGCGUGUUACGGGUACUACUGAUGCUGAUUGGAGCAUUAGUCACGAGACCUCGGAGCAGCGCUGGAAAGACAGUAUGGAUGAGAUAAAGAAGGGAAAUUUCAGCGCUUUCACCAAGAUGCUGUACAGCCGAGCGUGGUUUCCGAAUGGCGAUGCCGACCACGAGUCUAGCCGGGGGCUUCAUAAUGAUAUGCUUGGUCUACCAGUGGAAGACUUGGAUGAGUGGACAGCCGUCGCGAUUCGCAUGGCGGAGAACGACGAGGUGCCUUGGAUCAUGCAUUAAGUAAAAUAUCUGUUGAACCUUUGCAUUGCCCACACCAUUGGAUCAUGCCUUUAGUUCAACGCGAUUGUCCUCAUCAGGCCCAUCCUGAACAGAGACAGGAUCCUUCUCCUCUCGGCUGGCAUAGACGCCCUCGUGCUCUCGUCUCCUAUCUGUCCGCUUCUGCAUCCAGAC